ACAAACCACACGUUGGAUUUUCGUUGUUGUCACACGUCGUGAAUUACUCAAUUUCAACACACCGCCCUCGACUGCUUCGCUGUCCCAUCAUCCUAAAUUGGAAUGAAUCCUCUAAUUAGACGGAGCCUCCCUCCCUCUGUGCGGAGUCUUCUGACCAACAUAGGUCCAAAGGAGGAGGACGUGUCUCCCGCAGAAACACCGAGCAGAGAUGGGAUCCUGCUGCCGUCCAGAGGACAAGAGGAGUGGCUCUCCCCGGCCAAACCCGCUGCAGAGCCCGCCAGCAACAGCAGCGGGAAAACAGCAUGCGUGUUCUGUAAAUGUAAACCCAGCUGUUACACGUGUCCCCGGUGUAACCUGCAGUACUGCGGACUGGCUUGUUACCAGAGCCCACAGCACUCGGCCUGCUCAGAGGAGUUUUACAAGGAGUCUGUUCUGCAGGAGCUGAAGGAUAUGGGGAAGACGGAGAGUGAGGGGAGGAAGAAAAUGCAAGAGAUUCUGCUGCGGCUCAGACAAAAGGCAGAAAGCACACACGGAGGGAUGGGGAGUGUGUUAAAAGAGGUGGGUAUUCUGACAGAUGACGUUGAAGAGGAGGAAGAAAAGAUGACGGAGAAAGUGCAGGUUGUGGAGCUUCUGUCCAGGUUAGCAGAGCUUCAGCAGUCUGGAACAGGAAGCACAACAGAGAUUGAAGCUAUUUUAAAGAGACUUGAAGAGAUUGAAGGUGGGGCGCCUUUGCCUGGAGACUCGGAUGAGGAUGCUGAAAGUGCAGAAGCGGAGCCGGACAUUGCUGAUCGGAUGUCAGGGCUGGAUAUUGAUGAACUUUCAGAGGAUGAACUUUGGGAACUUCUCAACACAAAAGAGAAAGACACUUUUAUGAGUCUGAUGAAGGGUGGAGCUCUUGGUGGUCUGGUUCCCUUGUGGAAGCCCUGGUGGGAGGAGCAUGACGAGGGAAGGACAGCCGUAGUGGAGGUGCUUGAGGAAGAAGUGGGCAAGCUGGAGACUGAAACCUCAGCAGUUGUGAAUGAUCAGGUUGGUGAUAAUAAAGUCAAGACGUCACAAGAAGUGGGACAGACACUGACCAAAUCCACUGCAAAGAUCAAGAAUGUUAAACGAGGGAAUUCAAAAGAAACAAGGAGAAGUGCAGGAUGUUCAGCUGUGCAAAACGUUCCUCCACUUUCCACAAAAAUUCCAAAGUUGACUUCUUUAUGUGCAAAUCCGUCUUCUCUGGUUUGCUAUGGUUUAGUCAAUGCACUUUAUGGCUAUGCUUUUACACUGACCCUGUUAAACGGUGACACUGAGGCGUUGAUGUUUGAGUUCUGUGAUAUGGUACUUGCUUUGUCCGAGGCACUCAACUCAAGCAAGGUGUUCAGUUCUGUCCAAGAGGCCUUGGACUGUGGAGAAACUGUAAUUCUGAAUGGCGGUUACUUCGACAGGGAGGAUCCGCUUGCUCCAACCAGGGCGGUGGAAGGUGUUGCCCAUAUCCUGACUGGCCGAAACAGACAGGAUGUUACAGGAUACUCUCUGGCAGCUUUGAGUCAACUUCGGACAGUGCUCUCUGAGGCAAAAAAGGGCCUUUCCAAAGAGGGAGAGGAAGGGGCAAGGAGACAGAAGUACUUCUUAGCCUGCAAGAAGUGUGAAUUCUUUCAAGCCUGGGUAUUGGAUAAUGUACACCAGAUUCGUAUACUGGCCAUUGAGUUGUGGAGUGAGCACAGUAAAAGAGAAAAGGUGAGGAACAGCAUGGAAAAAGCAAAGACUGUUGUUGAGGCGAACUUGAAGAAAAGGAAAGGAAAUCACUGUAAGCUGAUUGAGGAGCUGAGUCAAUGAAACCUUGCUUCUACAAAGCAAGACACUCCAUUUUGUAAUACAAUUAAUAUGCCUGGGAUGCCUGUUUAUGCCUGUUUCUGUGAAAUUUGAAUAAUAAAAGGCUAUUAAUAUCUGUUUUCUAUUUUUUUUGUAAUGUGUAGAAAGUAUUUCAUAUACAUAUUUUGUUAUUGUAACUUAGAAAAUGUGCAGGUAUUUAUUUAAUAAAAUACCUUUUAUUGUAUAUUGGAAUUUUAAAUAUAAAGUUCAUCAACUGCAGGAAUUAAAUAAGAUGGAAAUGAAUUAAGUCUUGGGUCUGUAGA